AAUGUUGGCCAAUACUUCAGUCCCCAACCAAACAGAGUCAUGCCAAUCAGAACACGAACAAGAAUAGCUAGACACGUGACCUUACAUGGUGCAACAGCUCUCUCACUGCCGACCUCUAAAAUAUUUCAGAACUUCUUCCCCGACGAGUAUUCAAUCUCCGUAACGUUCCGCCCUGUGCAAUACACCGACAUUUACCUGCUAGCRUUAUACGAYUUCGCGAAUAARCUCCAAUUUGGCCUUCGUUUAGCGUCWGGAUUUUUGACCUUCGAGUUGGCCAAGAGCACRGAUUCUGCGCACCGGCAAUGGUCGUUGGAUUUUGACGUGGAAAUUUCAUUAAAUAGAUGGCACAGUGCUACCUUUAGUCUUCAGGCGAAACAGCUUACAAUGUAUUGGGAUUGUCAGAAGGUUGGAGUUAAGUCUCUCCCGGGACGAUUUUCCUUUGCUCCGGAUCAUUCAGGGACAAUUCAUCUGGGGAAACCUUUCCAUGAUUACGAUCGUGGACAGAAAAACAUUGAGAUAGACGAGCUGUACUUCAUUCCUGAUGUCCAAGCGGCAAAGCAGCAGUGUUACAAUCCAUCAUUCUCUUCGAAAAUGAAUCGUCGAAAUAUUGCUGGUAGUGGCUACUAUCCGGGUGAACAUGAAAUAGGAGGAUCAGGGAUGUCAAACGACAUUGAUGAAGUGGAGACGGAGUGGUCUUCCUGGUCACCGUGUUCUCGUACCUGUGGUAAUGGUGUACGUCGACGAGUAAUGAUGUGCGUCAAUCUGGACGAUAGUCCACCUCGAAAAGAAUGUUUACAGGCUCUACAAACAGAUGAAGAGAAACCUUGUAGUUUACAGGACUGUCCAGGUCAUUGUUCACAGCCUUGUUUGAAUGGUGGCUUCUGCACCACCCAAAACAAAUGUCGAUGCAAGGCUGGUUACCAUGGAGCUACAUGUGACAAAGUCAACUGCAAUGUGAAGUGUUAUAACGGAGGAAGAUGUGUUGGACCAGACACUUGUAAAUGUAAAACAGGAUACACAGGAAAACAAUGCCAACAACCAAUUUGUUCUUCGUCGUGUCAAAACGGUGGUUCCUGUGUUCGUCCCAAUGUUUGCAAAUGUCAACCAGGUUACCUACCACCUAACUGUAGAGCUGCUUGUCUUCCUGCUUGCAUCAAUGGAGGCAAAUGCGUUGGGCUAAACACAUGUUUGUGCUCUCGAGGAUUCAAAGGCAAACACUGUGAGAAACCUUACUGCAGCCGUCCUUGUCUUAAUGGUGGUAACUGCUAUGCCCCAAAUGCCUGCUCCUGCCCUUAUGGAUGGUAUGGUUCAAGAUGCGAAAAGGCUCGUUGUCUUCGAAAAUGUCAAAAUGGUGGCAAGUGUGUUCGGCCUAACAUGUGCAUAUGUCCACGAGGAGCGAAGGGUUACUACUGUCAGAGCAAAGUAAAAUACUAGAUCAUAUAGAAUAAAUGAUCAAAACAAUAUUGCCAGUGGAGGACAGAUCUACGACAACACUCUCAUUGUUCUAAUGAAAAGCAGAGGCAAGAGAAUAUGGAAAGGUUUUCAUUGGAAAACUGGUCUUGAAAUUCAAAAAUUUAUUCGUAAAUAAUGUGUUAUAUUAUUGAAGUAUUUGAGUAUAUGACACUUCACAGGUUUCAAUACAAUCAGGACCAUUUAUUUUUAAUGGGGAUGGGAGGUGGGGGAGAUUGAAUUAAAUGCAUUCAAGAAAACUGAACUCUCCUUUUUGCAUUAAAAAAUGGUCCAUCACUUGUUUUUCAUUGUUUAUUGUAAAAGUGGUUUGUGCCUUGGUUUUUUUGGUGGCCUGCUCCUCCCCCUCGAAUCUCACUGCAAUGCCCACCCUUCCCCCCCUCUCCCCAGUAAAAAAUGAAUGGUCCAUUAUUGGUAAGCCUUUGUGCACCAGAUAUAAUAGGCAUUGAUAGUCUUAGUUAAAGAAUAUUAAAGUCUAUGUGAGCAAAUUAUUCAAGGUUAUACUGUGAUGUAUAAGUUGUACCGUUAAGAUAACAUGGCAGUACUUAUUGGUAUUAAUAUAGUACAAACACUGUGUGCAAUGUGUGCAAUGAUUAUCACUAUUUAGUAGUAAAUAGCACUAAUUAAACAAAAGAAAACAAUAGAAUUAGCAUAAAAUAGCACUAUUUAGUGAUAUUUGUUGCACACUUUUAGGGUUUGCAUUCUACAAGUAGGAAAUUCCCUUAUUUAAAGAUAUCCAAAAUGUAUAAUAUUAUGUACAAUAUCCCAAACAAUUCAUAAUAAAGUCUAUUUUUGAAAUGUUUAAAGCCAA